AUGGAAGAAAUGGUGCUGAAUAAUGACGGAACUGACUUUAGCAGGUCUCGAAAUCUUUUCUUCACAACUGUAAAACAUACAUGCCAAAAGGCUUUUUUUAUGAUUGUUUCUCCAAGAAACACUGGUUCCAUUUGUCGGAUGCUCCCUUUAUUUGUCAAAUCACGCUCCAACGCAGGCAGAAAAGUGCAGGAACCGGCAAUCAAUCGCACAUCUUUUUUGAUGUGUGGCAAAAAACACGGAUCGGAUCGGCGGGUUUGGGAAAGAAAAAAAAAUGGGGGUUUGACUGAUGUCAUGUUCAAAUCUGGGAGGAAGGGAUCAAAAAGUCACGUGCACUGACGAUAUUUUUUGCAACAAAAAAGGCUCUUAGAUCCCUCUGCAGCCCAUUCCAAUCACGAAGACAAAAACUUUAGACAUGUCGACGGAGCAAGCAUCUUCUUCCAAUGCUCGGAUGGACCAUGGGAAUUCGUCAAUAGUGGAAAACGCCUCGACGGAUAUUCCCGCAGAGACGGUCGAAAACAACGCAACGGCCAUGGAAGUCGACAAGGAUACGACGGGAUCGAAUUGGCCCCGUGUGUCAUUACGCGAUAUUCCCGACACGGACAUAAACGCAGAGUCAUAUACGGUGCCUAACUUGGAUCCUGUCGAGCAAAGACAAUAUAUGGAAUCGAGACUGACUCAAGCCGAAGUCGACAACGAGCAUUCCGCAGGGUAUCUUCUCCACAAAGAAUGGUAUGACCGCUGGCGAUGUCUGGACCUUGAAAGCGAUCCCACGAAACAAACAGACACAUCCGCUGCUGGACGCAACAUUGGAACGAUUGACAACAUGCCUUUACUGGAAGCGGAUGGAGUGACUCUCAAGAACGGCCUGCAAAAAGAUGUCGACUAUAUUGUCCUGCCGGCUCGACUGUGGGAUUGUUUGUACCAAUGGCAAGGAGGCGGUGGGCCAUGCAUGCCAGAAACGGAUAUCAUCUCGGACGCGAGAUCAAGUCACGAUACCGAUCUGGUUCGCCUCAAGCUGUAUAUAAUGGCACCUUGCCCCUCUCUCACUCUGAGCGAAUGUCCUACGAUUGCCAUUUCCGAACAAGCCACUAAGAAGCAGUUAAAGGCGACAAUUGUGGAUGUCUUGGGGCUGCCAUCGACCGCUGAAAUUCGAGUGUGGGUUAUCGAAUCAGAGCCCGACGUGCUUUUUCCACCGUUCGUUGCCGUUGAGGAAGUCAAGACGACGCAAUUGAUAGAUGUGUCAAAUGACGCCAUAACACAGGAGGUGAUGGGUUUGUCGAGUGGAGCGUACGUCGUAGAAAUAAAGGACUCCGUCAAUGGACUUUACCCUACCGAAAAAGGUGUCAUGGAGACUACUGUGCCCGAAGCGGAACCCAUCUCGACGACGCCAUCUCGACGACGACGAUCAUCAUCUUCCAGUUCAAUUUCGAGUCAUACUUCGUGGUCUUCGUCUUCGAGUGGACGCGUGAGUCGCGAGUUCCUCAACCUCCGAGCAUCCUCGGGUACCCCGCCAUUCUCCGUUCCCAAUGGCCCAGCAGAUGACGCCUCGAAAAUCAAAACACCCAUGUACGAAAAGGGCGUGUGUGGCCUGUCCAAUUUAGGCAAUACAUGCUUUAUGAACUCGGCUCUUCAAUGUUUGAGCAAUACACCUCAAUUGACUGCAUGGUUUCUGGCGGGAAACGACAAAAAGGACUUGAAUAGAGACAACCCGUUGGGUAUGCAAGGCCAAGUCGCUGAAGCGUACGGUAAUCUGAUUGCCAAGUUAUGGAGUGGCCACACUGCCAGCGUUGCCCCCAGAGAUUUCAAGUAUACGAUUGGACGGUUCAAUCACGCUUUCAAUGGAUAUCAGCAACAUGAUUCACAGGAAUUGUUGGCGUUCUUGCUGGAUGGUCUGCAUGAGGAUCUAAACCGCAUCCUGAAAAAACCGUAUGUUGAGCUUCCGGAUUUUGUCGGUAUGCCGGAUCAUGAAAUUGCGCAGCAGAGCUGGAAUUACCACAAGGCUCGUAAUGAUUCUGUGAUUGUUGACCUGUUUCAGGGACAGUUCAAAAGCAAAUUGAUCUGUAACGAAUGUGAAAAGGUCUCUGUAACCUUUGAUCCCUUUAUGUAUCUAUCGUUGCCGCUCCCGAUUCAAAGGGAAAAGAAGAUCCGAAUCACCUACGUCCCUUAUGAUCCUUCGCAACAAGCUAUUUCUAUGAUUGUGACCAUUAACAAAGACAAGAGUGUGGGACAUCUUAUGAACGAAGUGGCCAAGAUGAUGGAGAUCGAGGAUUCAUCUACACUACUCCCUGUAGAAAUCUUUGAUCACAAGAUAUACAAGCAAUUCGCUCUGUAUGAACCUGUCAGUAGCAUCAACAAGACAGACAAUGUACGAGUGUACCAGCUUCCGGUUUCGUUUCCUCAAGGGGUGGUUAAAACAAAGAAAAACGGAUCGGCGUUCUCAAGCACGGAUGAUGAAGACGAUACCAUGGACGAUGUAGAUAAUGAAGAUCGUCAUAUUAUCUUCCCUGUCUAUUGCUCAAUGACCGAUGAAGGCUAUUCGAAAUCUCAGUACUUCGGUUAUCCCAUCUUUUUGAGUCUUCCUUGGAAAGCUGCGGACAAAGUGGACAAUGUAUAUCAACUGAUCUCGCAGCAUAUGGAACGCUAUACCAUCAUGAAACUUUUUGAAGAAGUCAAAUACACAGCAACCGAGGAAGAAGAGUCAUCCAAGGAAAGCACCACUACCGCAAACGAGGUGACUAGUGCUCCUGCUCCCGCCAAAGAUGAUGCGUCCAUGGAUAUUGAUGAAGCUACUACUCCUGUACCGAUUCACAACCCUGCCGCGGUCAUAGCAGCUGGCGGACGCGAAAUGAAGGCCAUUCGUAACAUGUUUACCAUGAGAGUUUUCACUGAAAGACCCAACUAUUACCGAUCUUCUUCCGAACCUCUUCUGCCUCUGUCUACUCCUUACAUGUCGGCAAGUAGCCUUCCUGACUUGGCGGAGCGUGCUGCCAAAGAAGCGGAAUUGCAGCGAGAAUACGAAAAAGAAAAGGAACAGCAACUGAUUGCACCCGACACGGAAUCUGUGCCGUCAUCCGAUGAACAGAACACAGACACCAUGGCUAUUGCGGCGGACGAGGAAAAACCGGAAGAAAAGGAAAACGAGAUGAUGAACGCUCAAAGCCCUGAACAUAAUGAUCAGGACAAAGGUCCUCAGACGGACGACGAUGAUGAGGACGAGGUUGUGGAAGACGCAGCUUCUGUUUUCCAGAGUGGAUCCACAGACAGUGGCAUGAUUUUGCCCGGACCGUUCAAAAAAUCCAAGCUUGUGGAACCGCCAAAGAAGAAAUUGCGUCGUCAACCACGAUGCAUUCUUCGUCAAGGAGAAGGCAUUAUCAUUGAAUGGAGCAAAACCAAGGCUUGUCAGUUCUUUGGUACAGCAACUCAUGGGUCCGGUAUUGAUGAUAAGGGUUUUGAAGACGUACGAGAUAUCGGUGAUCCCAAUGCAAAGGAUGAUGUUGACGAAGAAAAGAAAAAAGUGAGCUUGAGUAACUGUCUGGAUGAAUUUACCAAGGAGGAACAGCUCAGCGAGGAGGAUCUAUGGUAUUGUCCACAAUGCAAGAAGCAUCAGCGAGCACGGAAGAAGUUUGACCUCUGGCAUUUGCCCGAAAUUGUUGUGGUCCACCUGAAGCGAUUCAGCCAUUCGAGAACGUGGCGAGACAAGAUUGACGCGUAUAUUGAUUUCCCCAUUGAAGGUCUUGACCUUACCGAUCGUGUUCUCGGUUUUAAUCCGCCGCAAGAUGGCAAGGAAAUUGACCAAAAGCUGAUUUACGACUUGUAUGCUGUCGAUAAUCACUUUGGAGGUUUAGGUGGUGGCCAUUAUACUGCUUACGCCCAAAAUUGCAAUGACGGCCACUGGUACAAUUUUGAUGAUUCACAUGUUAGCAAAGUCACCGCAACUGAUGCACAGACCAAUGCAGCUUACUUGCUUUUCUAUAAGCGUCGACGGGCGGCCGCCCCAACUGCGGCCAAUGAUACGGUAGACAUGGAGCAAGACGCUGAGAACACACCACAAGAAGAACCCGAAAGCUCCAACGAAACCCCGUUAAAUAAUGAUUAAUAGAUUAUGUCCUACUUUUCCUUUUUUUUUUCCUACACCACAAGAAAACUAUAAAAAAGUGAAAAAAAAACACCCUAAUCCAAG